AUGGAUGUAGCAGAUGCGCACGUGGGACAGCUGCGCGUACGCGAUGAAGUUGGUUUUCGCUGCCAGAAAUUAUUCCUGGAAUUUCUCGAAGAGUUCAAAGAAGAUGGUGAAAUCAAGUACCUGAAAACGGUGGAAGAGCUGGUCAAUCCUGACCGAUCGACGCUUGAAGUGAGCUUUGAGGAUGUUGAAAAAUACAACCAAACGUUGGCUACUGCCAUUAUUGAGGAGUACUAUCGCAUUUUCCCUUUCCUUUGCCAAUCGGUGUCGAACUUUGUGCGCGAUCAUACGAAUCUGAAAAAAGCUAAAGAAUGCUACGUAUCGUUCGUGGACGUGGCGACGCGCCAUAGAGUUCGCGAAUUGACCACGUCUAAGAUUGGCACCCUGAUUUGUAUCUCAGGGCAAGUAGUUCGUACGCAUCCGGUGCACCCGGAGCUGGUAACCGGCACAUUUGUAUGCCUCGAUUGCCAAACCGAAGUGAGAGAUGUCGAACAACAGUUCAAGUUCACCAAUCCAACCAUCUGCCGUAAUCCAGUGUGCGCCAAUCGCCGUCGGUUUAUGCUAGAGGUAGACAAAUCAUUGUUCAUAGAUUUCCAGAAGGUGCGUAUCCAGGAGACGCAGCAAGAAUUACCUCGAGGAUGCAUUCCACGCUCUGUAGAGGUGAUCCUGCGGGCGGAAUUGGUUGAGACGGUGCAAGCCGGAGAUCGGUACGAUUUCACCGGGACACUGAUCGUUAUUCCGGACGUCGGAGCACUGCAAUUGCCGGGUGCAAAAGCAGAAAUAGGAUCUCGCCACAAGCAUGGUGACAAUGCGGCUGAAGGUAUCCGUGGCUUGAAAGCGUUGGGCAUGCGAGAUUUGAACUAUAAAAUGGCAUUCCUGGCCUGCUCGGUUCAAGUUACAUCGUCGCGAUUCGGUGGCACUGAUAGGCCGAUGAGUGAAGUCACGUCGGAGGACAUGAAGAAGCAUAUGACUGAUGCGGAAUGGAACAAGGUUUAUGAAAUGUCACGAGACCCGCGGCUGUACCAAAACUUGAUCAACAGUCUCUUCCCGUCGAUCUACGGUAACGAUGAAGUUAAACGCGGUAUAUUGUUGAUGUUGUUCGGAGGAGUGGCAAAAACUACCCAAGAGAAAACUACUCUUCGUGGCGAUAUCAAUGUUUGUAUUGUGGGCGAUCCCAGUACGGCAAAGUCUCAAUUCUUGAAACAAGUAUCAGAUUUUUCACCUCGAGCAGUGUACACUUCGGGAAAAGCGUCCUCAGCUGCAGGAUUGACAGCAGCCGUGGUUAGAGACGAGGAAAGCUUUGAUUUCGUUAUAGAGGCCGGUGCGUUGAUGCUGGCAGACAAUGGCAUCUGUUGUAUUGACGAGUUCGACAAGAUGGAUCCGCAUGAUCAAGUUGCAAUCCACGAAGCUAUGGAGCAGCAAACAAUUUCCAUCGCUAAAGCAGGCGUCCGGGCCACGUUGAAUGCCCGAACUUCAAUCCUUGCCGCUGCUAACCCUAUCGGUGGACGGUACGAUCGUUCGAAAUCUUUACAGCAAAAUAUACAGCUGACUGCUCCAAUUAUGUCCCGUUUUGAUCUGUUCUUCAUCCUGGUGGACGAGUGUAACGAGCUGGUAGAUUAUGCGAUUGCACGUAAGAUAGUUGAUCUUCAUUCCUUCGUUGAAACCGAAUCAAACGAGGUAUACAAGCGGGAGGAUGUUCUUCGAUACAUAAUGUUUGCUCGUCAAUUUAAACCAGUCAUCAAACCGCAAGCUAUGGAGCUGUUGGUGGAAAACUACGGACAUUUGCGUCAACGAGAUACCGGUACAACGGGUAAAAGUACCUGGCGAAUUACCGUACGGCAACUGGAAAGUAUGAUUCGUCUGAGCGAAGCAAUGGCCAAGAUGGAAUGCAGCGAAGAGGUCACUGAGAUUCAUGUGAAAGAAGCUUAUCGUUUGUUGAACAAGUCCAUCAUAAGAGUCGAACAACCCGAUAUUCACUUGGAAGAUGAGGAUGGAGAUGAAAUUGAAAACGUAAUGGAUACGGCAGAAGAUGGUUCAGAGGAAACAAAUGGCACGGCUGGAACGGAUGAAAAUGGCCAUGAUACUCCUGCAGUUACCAAGAAGAAGCUUACACUUUCGUUCGAGGAAUACAAAAAUCUUUCGAAUAUGUUGGUUAUUCAUAUGCGAAACGAAGAAAGCCGUAUGGAGUCGGAAGAAGCGGAACAAGAAGGCAUUAGUAAGACACAGUUGAUUAACUGGUACCUAGGACAGGUAGAGGAUCAAUUGGAAACGGUGGAGGAGUUGACGGAGAGAAAAAUGCUCAUUGAGAAGGUGAUCGAUCGUUUAAUAUAUCACGACCAAGUAAUCAUUCCGUUGAAAAAUGCAGAGCUGGAUAAAAAGGGCACAAGCGAUGACGAAGACAUGCUGCUGGUUGUUCAUCCCAACUAUAUUGUAGAAAGUUAG